GGCUCUGCUGCUUCCCGCCGAGACUCACUUCGGUACGCAUGUGAUUAUGAUGCGAUGACUUCUUCUGCUGCAAUCGCAUCUUAUGCAGGUGAUCGUUGAUGAUUGAUGGAAGGACACUGUUUGGUCAACGAAGAAGAUUCGAGACGACGCUGCGGAGGUCACAGCAUGUGUCGGUUGUCCUCAAUGGUGGGAGGAUAUGAGAGCGCUGUGCAAGUUGUUGGAUCCCAUCAUGGACAUGCUGCAGAUGGUGGACAGCGACACGAGGCAGAUUGGCAAGAUUCUGCGUCGGUACGACGAGAUGAUCGCGCGUUGUUUGUCUGCAUGUGCCGCUUUGGAGAAGGACGAGCAGGACGCGCUGCUUGAAGUAUUUGACAGAYGCUGUACCAUGUUCAAAUCGCCUGCUCAUGUUGCUGCCAUGAUGUUGGACCCUAAGUUUCGAGACCGCACGAUGCCAGAUGACGAGGAGAUGCAGGACGGUUUGAAACUCGCUCUGAUUCAGUUUGGAUUGGAGGUGGCGCGGGCUGAGAAGCUCGUGCGAUGCCAUUGGAACCUUCGGCUCCUCGACAGGCAGGCUAUGUCGGACGAUGCUCCCAGUGACAGGCCACAUCCGUAUGGGAGCUGGGUGCACUACUGGCAGCAGGUGGAGGAGGAGGUGCCCACCGACCAGCAGCUUGUGGCAGACCGAGGAGCCCGUGUGACGGUCACGAAGGAGGAGUUGACGCAGGCGAGAGAGAGGAUGCGCGUCGUGUCCCGCAUGGGAGCCACUUGUCGCUUGCGGGAGUCUGACAGGAGGAGGUGUCGUGGCUGCGGUUGCAGAGGUGGUCGUCGGGGCGGUCGAGGGCGAGGCGGGCGUGGAGGUCYUGGCGAGAGGCRUAGUGUAGCGAGCCGUGGAAGGGCAGUGGACGAGCUAGUACGCAAGCCUCGACAGCGAUGGGAGGAGGGAGACUUUUUGUACGAGAGCUCGUCCAGCGAUGACGAGGAUUUCUUCGGGAAAAGCAGGCUUGCACAGGAUGGCGACARCGAUUUCGACGACGGUCACCCGAAUGUGGGCGACGACGAUGGCGCCAGCGGCGAUGAUCACGUCUCAGUUGCAGCGACCUCGGAUGUGGGACAACCACUGGCAGCGGCGAAGCAAGAAAGUAUGCUCCCACCUCGCAGUGUUCAACCGCGGCCACCGCCUGCAUUGAUGGAGGGGAGUCAGGGGACCGUUGUUGUGUGUCAAGKCGACGAUCUCCCGGAACGUGAUAUCUCACACACUCCCGCAGYCGAGCAGAGCGCCGCAGACCAUGUCGGCCUCGCAUGCCCCACCGGCAGUCUUCCGGGUACCGGCGAGUUACUGACCAUGGACUCUGCGCUCGUUUCUCUCCUGGACUUGUCAACGUUGAUAUCCCCAGGUCUACCCCAUGUGUCACCGCCCAAGCCACAACAGCCUGUUGUCAUCGAGCGUGGGUCGGACGAGUUUGACGUGGCAGGAGGCGAUAUCGCCAAUAUGAUUACGAGCCCAAUGGUAUCUUCCACGCCCACAAUUUUUCGUGUUGGCAAACUACGUGAGGUGGCCCUUGGUUUGGCGGAAACGGCGACGCGACACCGUCGCGACGGUCAGCGCAGCAUCGCACAACGCAGUCUUUCUCAUUCGUUUGACGGCGCAGAGGAAGGGUCUCAUGGUGGGCCAGUUGACACACUUGAAAGAGAAGCAAGACCCCCAAGUCCGCCGUCAAACUUAGAGCAUCAUCCGAUUGCCGCGGCUGUCGGCGCAGAUGCGGGCGUCCCCGUCACAAACAGUGGCGCAGACGCGACAGAACAGCUUGUGGUUGGGUCAUCGGCGACAGCACGGCGCGACAGAGCCACUGUUUUGCCGACAGUGGCAUUUUAUGCCAGCGGGAAGAGUACUGGGGGGAUGGAUGAGYAGGGAGUCCGGAAUGUUAGUAGGCCAUCUGCACCGUCUAUGGGGAAACGAUCCAUUGRGAGUGUGGAUGGUGCUCGGCACACCGCCAUGGCCGAGUUUGAGGACCGACACGGGAGUGCUUUGCCGACGAAGACGUCUGAUGUCCAUGCUACGAGAGCCGCAAAGGCGAGUCUUUCUCGGGCAAGGAAGAAGGCCUCGGCAAGGAAGGCGUCACGUUCAUCCUCACAUAUGCGUUCCCGAGAGAGAGGAUCGGGCGUUGUGCAUCUCGAGGACGGAGAGAUUGCACCUGACGGCGACGCAUUGGAUGUUGGAGGGAGGGAUGCAACGACGACAGAUAUCGUCGGCAGAGAGGGCACAGGGAAUGCAGUGGCAGGUCAGAAGAGACGUGGCAGUGUACUUAUCGUCCACGAUGACAGCACAGAUGUCGCCCCGGGAAAGACCACAGGCACUGAUGAUGCAGGGGACUCCGAUUACGUACCCAAACCACGGGCGGCAGAUGGAGAUGAUGGAGGAGGGCGAGGACAUGUCGCUGCAGUCCAGCCGGACAACAUUGUGGAAGACCCGGCAGCCACCCAAGCAUCACGUGAGGGAGAUCAGGUGAUCGUCAUCCAGCAACGAAGCAACAACAACUAUCGUAACAAAGAGAAGGCGAAUACAACAUCGCCGGCAUGAAACAGAUAGCCAGCACCAUGGGUCAAGUUCAACUUAACCGCGACCGAUAUGGUUGUUGCUAUUGGUGUAAUAGCACCAAGCACAAG